CCUCGGGGUAGCGCAGGCGUCGAUUGAUAUUGAGCUAGCCACUUUAGCCUACUCAGCCGGACUGGUGUCGGAUCAGCGCGGUUCACCCUACCAUGGGCUCGACCCGCUCGACCCUAUUGGGACGGAGCAGGAAAAUAUGCGCCGCCACACCUACGCCUAGCGCUCCGCUGAGCUGCUCUCUCAAUCAACUCUUGACUUUCUGGAGGGCGGGAGCGGCAAUAAGGAUGAGAGCCAGCGCCAGCGCUGUGCCAAGAGAGGGAAGAGACGAACGAAGCUUCGGGGACGUGCGUGCGUUCGUUGCCUGGCCUGUGCUGCAGACAGUCGAUGUAGUGGUGCAGACAGCGUCACAGCACAGCCCUUUGCCGCCCUGCUUGCCCCUUUCGCCCGUUCCCGCACCGCGCCCAAGCCCGCGCUUUAGUUGCUCCCUCGCUCUUGCCUUUACGAGAAACCGGCCUACGAUGGCGAAGGCGCCAAUGAUCAGCAUUGCUGCGCCGCCCUCUCUCUCUCCUGCUUCUGCGUCCUGUGCGUGCCUCUCUUUCUUGGCUGCCGGAGCAGCCGAUGGAUGGCCUCAAGGUCUGGACCUCUGCGUAGCGUGAGCUGAGGCAGUGGGCGGCCUGAGCGCUGCUCUGCUCUGCCCUGCCCUGCUUGCUCUCUCCACCUCGCACAUGAUCCUGAUCCUCGCAAUCGAAAUCCAAGCUCGCGGUGCUGCUGCGUUGCAUUGCCUGGUUCCGCCACCUUCUACUCGCGGGUUGGUCGAGGUGUGAAUUGAAUCGCCAUAGCGUCAGACAGAGGGAACGGACGGGCCCGACGCCCCGAGAGGACUGAGCGUGACGUCUCUUGGGACUCGACUGCCGAUUUGCCGAGGCUGCUCGAUUGCCUGUCCCGUCGAUUCCAAAGUUGCCCAGGAGCGAGCGAGCUCUCUU